AUGAACUACCCAAAACCUAUUUAUCUCAAAGUUGGUUGGAAAAGGUCCAGUUUUAGAAGAAGAUUGAUCACUGCUUCUAAAAACCCAAGUUACUACAACAAUUUCAAUAACAACAAGAUAAAAAUUGAUCCAAUUGAUUGUAAAAAUGAAGAUGAUUUCUUCAAAAAUGGUAUGAAGAAUCGUUCAAUUGAUGAUCCAAAGAGAAAAAUCUUGUAUGGAUUUUUCCAUCCAUAUGCCAACAAUGGAGGAGGUGGUGAAAAAGUGUUAUGGCAAGCCGUUAAUGCUACUUUAAUGACUAAUGAUAAUAAUAUUGCUGUGAUUUAUACAGUCAACUUCGAAGAACCAGCUAAAAUCAUUAGGAAAGUGGAAUCAAAGUUCAAUAUCACUUUACAAGGUGAAAGAGUGGUUUUCAUCUAUUUAAGAAAAUUCGGAAAUUUGAUUGAUAGCGAAUAUUGGAAACAUUUUACCUUAGUUGGUCAAUUGAUUGGAUCUGUGUUAUUGGCAUUUGAGUGUCUUUUCGAAUUGGCUCCUGAUAUUUGGAUUGACACUAUUGGUUUACCUGGAAGUUACUGGCCAAUUUCUGUUGUUUUGAAUUUACCAAUAUUAGCUUAUGUCCAUUAUCCAAUUCUUCAACAAGAUAUGUUCAAUAAAUUGAAGUUCUCCAAAAUGACUGAUUUAUUCAAGUUUAGAGGUGAAGUUAAAGAUUUAUUCAAAUUUUUUUACUGGUCAAUUUUAUAUUACGUUUACGUUUAUUUGGGUUCAAAUGUUGACAUUACUUUAGCUAAUGGAACAUGGACUUUCAAUCAUAUGAAGAAAAUUUGGUUUCUUAAUGAAAAAAUGGGUAGUACAUUAGAAGUUUUGUAUCCACCAUGUGCUACAGAAUUUUUGAAUCCUUAUAAAUCUAAAGAAAGACUUAAUGAAAUGAUUUAUAUUGCCCAAUUCAGAUCUGAAAAAAGACACGAUUUAAUCUUAACCGAAUUUAGUAAAUUCUUGGAUACUUGUAAAACCGAAAAAGUUCCAAUCAGUAAAAUACCUAAAAUUAUAUUCUUAGGUUCUUGUAGGAAUGAAAAUGAUACUGAUUGUUUAAACAGUAUCAAAUCAUUAGUCACAGAAUUGGAAUUAUCAGAGUAUGUUGAAUUCAUAGUUGAUUGUUCUUAUGACGAAAUCUUGAAACAAUUAUCAACUGUGAAGUUUGGUCUCAAUUCCAUGUGGAAUGAACAUUUCGGUAUUGGUGUGGUAGAAUAUUUAGCUAAUGGAGUUAUCCCAAUUGUCCAUGCUUCUGCUGGUCCAAUUUUAGACAUUGCCACCAAUGAAAAUUCAUCAACAGCAGAGUCAUGGAAGAGUGAAACAGGAUUUUUCUUCAAAUCAUCCACUGAUCCUGAUUUCUCAGGAGAAAUGAAUGGUGAUAAUUUAGUUUUUGACAAUGGUGCAUUCCCUGAAUUAUCCACUCUUUUAUCCGACAUUUUCGCCAAUAAUAAGGUUACUGAAAAUGAUUUAGAUUUCAUGAGACAGGUAGGUCAAGGCUUGAGUAACAAAUUCUCCAAUGAUGAAUUCAACACCAACUGGAGGAAAUAUACUCGUGAAUUAGCUUCUUUGGAGAAGCAUUAUAGAGAACAAAGAAAGGAAGUUGAAAGUGUAUAUUAG